AUGGCGCCACUUCCUACAAUCUACGUGCGCCAGUCUGUCGCUUCCGGUGCAGAUUCCGUCGAUGGACGGUCUGUCCCAGGCGAGGCCGUAAACAAUCGUCAUUCCUCUCUUGAGCCACGCGAAAAAAUACCAGGACUCAACGAAGACACUGUCCCACCGCCCCAAUUCGCCGGAUCUGAUCACGCUUGGGACUCGCCCCUUUCUGGUUAUGACAUCCCUAAAAGAAAUCGACAUGCUCGUGCUUCUGCUCCAAAUACUAUCAAUAGUAGAAGAGGAAUCGACUUCAGUCAGGGAUUCGUCUUUGAUGAUGGAGUCGUCUAUGAUGUGGAUGAAUAUGAGAGUAAACAUUCUGGUGUUCCCACUCGUCGACCUGUUGGUCCCCCCGGUCAUUAUGAUGGCCGAGUUCCCACUCGUCGACCUGUUAUUAGUGAUCCCCCCUGUCAUGAUGAUGGUCGACCUCCUGGUGGUGUUUCCCCCGGUCGUUAUGAUAGUCGACCUCCUGGUGGUGGUUCCGUCGGUCGACCUGAGCCCAUGACGCACGAUCCUGCAAUUGAUCUUACUCCUGGCAGGGUACCGGUGGGCGAGGUUGGACCGCCUGGUCCCUCAUUCAUGGACAGUUACGGAAACAUGAUCUACGCCGGUGUUGGUGUCGUCGUUCUUGCGGUUGGUGGCUUUUUUGGUUUCAAGUGGUGGAAGAAGAAGAAGGCCGCUGCUGCUGAAGCUGCAGAGUAA